UCUAUAAUAUUCAAGUGAUAACCAUGGUGAUUGUCUUUACCUGCACCCAGUGGCGUAGCGUGGGUUGUCAGCGCCCAGGGCAAGCAGAGUGUGACUAUGUGAUCCCUCCUCCAACCUAUGAUGAAGUAUAUGUACCACGGUUCGCAGAUGCAAUCCUUCCUUGCCAUUUCUCUUUCAUUGAGGGCACGGAUACUUUGGGGCUCAGUUGGCAUCGGGAGGAUAUUGUUGAGGAGAUAGAGGUGGAUGAUAUCUACGCCUACAUCCAGCAGACAUUUGAAUUUAAAGACCCUGAGCUGGUGUACAGUUACCAUAGCCAUCGUGAUGUUCUAGAAGACCAGAGCUAUAGAUACCAUGGACGUGUGACAGUUGACAAAGAAGAGCUUGGUGAUGGAGAUCUGUCCCUUUAUAUGAAAAAUGUGAACUAUGAGGAUGAAGCUUUGUAUACAUGCAAAGCCAUUAGUGCACAUGGCAAAGGAGAGAUCAAACUUAAGUUGAUGAUACAAGAAGAGGAAGAGCCGCCAGUGCAAUUUGACACCGUAGACAAUGCUACUGUAGCACGCUGUAUUUCCAAUGGUUGGUACAAGGUUCCAAUAGUAAAAUGGCUGAACCGACGAGAGGAAGACAUAACUGUGAACUCUACAAUGCAUGUGCUGGAGGAGAAGCAGGACGGCAAUCAUCGUGUUUCUUCUACGCUGAAUGGAGCCAAAAGCCAUGAGAUAUAUCGCUGCCUUAUACGUGAUGCCAAGAAGGCGCGCCGGGCCCGCACUGUGCACAGGAAGCUAAAGAAAGGGGUCCUACGUGAAUAUGGGGAGUUCUGAGAAGCACAUCGCGCCCCCUCCCUCAGAGAGAGAAUGUCCCACAGACAGAGGGGCUUUUUGUUCUUCAAGAGAUCAUUUUCAAUAAACAUUAUUACUAAUGAUGCCGCUCCCAAGUGUAUCUGACAAAGGAUAAUACUGCAAUUAAAGGGCAUUUCAGUCAAAAUUUAAAAGCACAUAGAUUAAUGACAUCUUUGAAUAGAAACAUAUUUGUAAUAUACAUGUAUUGGCAAAAAAUAAAAGUUAUCACGGUUUUAA